AUGGCGAUGAGUAUUACUACAGGGACAUCCGAGCUUCGAGAUGUCACCAAAAUGGAGCGCAUUGGAGCUCACUCGCAUAUUCGUGGCCUCGGACUCGAUGACCGGUUAGAACCUCGCGCCAACUCGCAGGGGCUGGUAGGACAGGCAAAAGCCCGCAAGGCAGCAGGCAUGAUUCUCAAAAUGGUGCAGGAGGGGAAGAUUGCCGGUCGCGCGAUGCUUUUCGCGGGACCACCGUCGACAGGGAAGACUGCUAUUGCCCUAGGCAUGGCACAAUCUCUCGGUCCGGAUGUACCCUUUACAAUUAUCACCGCCAGCGAGGUCUUCUCGUUGUCGAUGUCUAAAACUGAGGCCCUUACCCAAGCCUUUCGACGGAGUAUAGGCGUGAGGAUAAAAGAAGAGACGGAACUCAUUGAAGGGCAAGUAGUGGAGAUCCAGAUCGACAGAAGUCUAACCGGGGCCACGAAAACGGGCAAACUGACUAUCAAGACCACGGACAUGGAGACCGUGUAUGAUCUGGGCAUGAAGAUGAUCGAGGCCCUCACAAAAGAGAAAGUCCUCGCAGGAGACGUCAUUGCCAUCGACAAGACCUCUGGAAAGGUUACGAAACUAGGACGUUCAUUCGCUCAAUCGAGGGACUAUGAUGCCAUGGGUGCCGAUACGAAAUUUGUACAAUGUCCUGAGGGCGAGAUUCAAAAGCGCAAAGAGGUGGUGCAUACAGUCUCCCUACACGAGAUUGACGUGAUCAACAGCCGGACGCAAGGUUUCCUCGCUUUGUUCGCUGGAGAUACAGGAGAGAUCAAGCCUGAGCUUCGGAACCAAAUCAACGCGAAGGUAGCGGAGUGGAGAGAAGAGGGCAAAGCAGAGAUCGUUCCUGGGAUUCUCUUCAUAGACGAAGUCCACAUGCUCGACAUCGAGUGCUUCUCCUUCCUCAACCGGGCACUAGAAGGCGAGCUGGCACCACUCGUCAUUAUGGCCUCGAACAGAGGCAUGGCUCGCAUUCGCGGAACCAAGUUCCGUAGCCCGCAUGGCCUGCCUGUUGAUCUCCUCGACCGUGUGUUGAUCGUCAGUACGAAGCCAUACACCGAGGAGGAGGUGCAGCAGAUAAUUCAAAUCAGAUGCCAAGAAGAAGACACCCAACUGACCCCAGACGCGCUGACCGUCCUCACGUCGAUGUCGAUGCAGACAACUCUGCGGUACGCCCUCAACCUCAUCGCGUGUGGCAAGGUCGUUGCGCGGAAACGCAAGGCAGAGAUGGUCGACGUUGAAGACCUUCGGCGCGCAUAUACCUACUUCAUGGACGAGAAGCGGAGCGUGCAGUGGCUCAAGGAGCAACAGGGCUCGCUCGUAUUUGAGGAAGUGGGCAGCAAGGAAGAUGAGUUAAUGGACAUUGGGCAAUGA